UUAUUUUGAUUCGCUAAUGACGAGGUUCUCUCAAAUAGACCAAAUAAGAAACUUUGAUAUUUCGCGAAAUUUCUAGAAAAUUGGACAGAAAAUUUUUAGAUUUUUUUAAUAGAGGGGCAACACAGUCGACAGCAAGUCUCAAGAUGACAGAAUGCCGUUCCUUGGAUGCUCUACCAACAGAGCUACUUCUCCACAUUUUUGAUUGUUGUAGUGUUCAUGAUCUCAUGAGAUUGUCAUUAGUUUGUAAAAGAUUUUGUUCGAUUAUCGAAGACGAUACUUUGUGGAUUAAGAAGAGCCGGAGCCCCCUCGUCACUAAUCAAUGCUCCAAAAGGUUUCAGGACAGAUGCAAUCCAUUGUUGUCAUUGAAGAGAAAAUGGCAGGUGUCUCACAAUUGGCGAUGUGGAAAGUACGAAAAGGUGAUAAUUUACACAGAUCGAGUGAAUUGUAUCCCCUGGAUACGAUUGACAAAACACGUGCUGUGGUGGAGUGGAGGGAAUCGACUCCAUGGAUGUCAUCGAAGUCGUAUCAGGGCGAAUAAACGAUCCAAGGAUUUUAGGCGAAGUUGUCUCUUCUCCUGGGAGAACAUUCCCAGUGAUAUAUGUAAAUUUGUGGUCAGGGAUGAAUAUGUCGUCAGUGGACACAGAGACGGGAAAAUUUGGUUUUGGCUUACGAACGAAGGACGUGAAGGUCAUUUUAAUGUUGGAAUUCGGGAGGCUCACGCCUCGAGUGUCAACGCCAUUGACGAAAUCCCAGAGGCUGUGAUUUCUGGUGCUAGUGAUGGCACCGUCAAGAUAUGGCCACAAACCUCAGAGAUAUUCGAUCUCAGACCUAUAUCAACGUUUCACGUGGUCGAUAGAAUCUGGUCCCUGGGAAUUGAUCCUGGGAGGAGUAUAUUUGCUGUCGGCUCUUCAGGAACCAGCACUAGACCACCCCUUCGACUAUUCGAUAUUGAAUGUUGCAGGGAAAGGACGCAAAUGAACCACAGCUGGAAAUACGGUGCGGGCAUCCUGGACCUCGUCUGGGAGAGCCCAAACUGCCUCCUGACCUGCGGGUAUGACACAUACAUACGAAAGUGGGAUUUAAGAACUGGGACAUGUGUUGCCUCCUGGGCGGACCCCACUGACGCGACAAUCUACUGUCUAGCUUCGGAUUAUAAUAACACAAUGGUCACCGGAACGCAAUACAACGGGAAACUCGUGCUCUGGGAUCAGCGACUGUUUCACUAUGUUCAACUUUACUUCAUGAAUACCAGACGUGGCUCAAGCCCCGUCUACAGCAUAUCAUUUGACAGCACUCAUUUAUUUGGUGCGACAGACAGACAAUUGGGAGAAUUUACAUUCUCGGGGAGCAAUAACUGCUCCCAAGAUUAUCGUGAAAUCUUCAACUGACUUGCAAAGGCUGGGGAGCUACUUAAAUAACCAUUAAAAAACAUUUAAAAUAGUUUAAACUGUAUAAUCUUAAUCCCUUAGCCAUUAAAUGACCAUACGUGUACAAAACAUUAAAAUUUUACAAAAAACAAUAAAACACUCAUUUUCGCUCGCAAAUUGAUAAAAAUGCAUUAUACCCGGAGUUAGAUAUAACAAUGAAUGAUAUAUCAAUUAACGACGUGGAGACUUGCCACAUUGGCAGAAUGAGGUGAUUCAACUCCAAGGUCAAACACCUUGCUGACUAUGAUUUUAUUUCCGCUUUCUUCUGCCUCGCACGUGUAUUUUUUUCAACUCUCGAUUCAUCGAUUUUGUAGCUGACAAAUAAAUCAUUGAAUCUCUUAUAAAUCAAUUACAAUCACACGAUAAUUAUUUCGUUUUCAUCCCCCAUCAAUUAAAAACAUUUGUUGGAUAUCAGCUCCUCUCUUUCCGUUAAAAACCUAUUUGAAAACACAUCAAAGAUCUGAAAAAUCCGAUGAAUCAUCACCAGUAGUUUUUUCUCGUUAAAAUAAUUUAAUUAAUAAAAUUACUAAAAAUGUUGCCGCACCCCAUUUUCGCAAUUUCUCUUUCGCCCCUUAGAAAAAUUUAAAAAAAACAAAUAA